GUUCCCCAGCCCUGGCUGGCGGGCAGUAUGGUUCACUCCAGCAUGGGGGCUCCAGAAAUAAGAAUGUCUAAGCCCCUGGAGGCCGAAAAGCAGAGUCUGGACUCCCCAUCAGAGCACACAGACACCGAAAGAAAUGGACCGGACAUUAAUCAUCAGAACCCCCAGAAUAAGGCUUCCUCGUUCUCUGUAUCCCCAACUGGCCCUAGCACCAAGAUCAAGGCUGAAGACCUCAGUGGUGACUCAGCCCAGGCAGCACCCCCGCCCCCCCAGCCGGCUCAGCCUCAUCUGCCCCAGGCCCAACUCAUGUUGACAGGCAGCCAGCUAGCUGGGGACAUACAGCAGCUCCUCCAGCUCCAGCAGCUGGUGCUUGUCCCCGGCCACCACCUCCAGCCACCUGCUCAGUUCCUGCUGCCACAGGCCCAGCAGAGUCAGCCAGGCCUGCUACCGACGCCAAAUCUAUUCCAGCUACCUCAGCAAACCCAGGGAGCUCUCCUGACCUCCCAGCCCCGGGCUGGGCUUCCUACACAGGCUGUGACUCGCCCCACGCUGCCCGACCCGCACCUCUCACACCCGCAGCCCCCAAAAUGCUUGGAACCGCCAUCCCACCCGGAGGAACCUAGUGACCUGGAGGAACUGGAACAAUUCGCUCGCACCUUCAAGCAACGCCGCAUCAAGCUGGGCUUCACGCAGGGUGAUGUAGGCCUGGCCAUGGGCAAACUCUAUGGCAAUGACUUCAGCCAGACGACCAUUUCCCGCUUCGAGGCCCUUAACCUGAGCUUCAAGAAUAUGUGCAAACUCAAGCCCCUCCUGGAGAAGUGGCUCAGUGACGCAGAAACUAUGUCUGUGGACUCAAGCCUACCCAGCCCCAACCAGCUGAGCAGCCCUAGCCUGGGUUUCGAUGGGCUGCCAGGGCGGAGACGCAAGAAGAGAACCAGCAUUGAGACGAAUGUCCGCUUCGCCUUAGAGAAGAGUUUUCUAGCGAACCAGAAGCCUACCUCAGAGGAGAUCCUGCUGAUCGCAGAGCAGCUGCACAUGGAGAAGGAAGUAAUCCGCGUCUGGUUCUGCAACCGGCGCCAGAAGGAAAAGCGCAUCAACCCCUGCAGCGCGGCCCCCAUGCUGCCCAGCCCGGGAAAGCCGACCAGCUACAGCCCUCACCUGGUCACACCCCAAGGGGGCGCAGGGACCUUACCAUUGUCCCAAGCUUCUAGCAGCCUGAGCACAACAGUGACUACCUUAUCCUCAGCUGUGGGGACGCUCCACCCCAGCCGGACAGCAGGAGGGGGUGGAGGUGGGGGCGGAGCCGCUGCCCCCCUCAAUUCCAUCCCCUCUGUCACUCCCCCACCCCCGGCCACCACCAACAGCACAAACCCGAGCCCUCAAGGCAGCCACUCGGCUAUCGGCUUGUCGGGCCUGAACCCCGGCACGGGAAGCACAAUGGUGGGGUUGAGCUCUGGGCUGAGUCCAGCCCUCAUGAGCAACAACCCUUUGGCCACCAUCCAAGCCCUGGCCUCUGGUGGAACCCUGCCCCUUACCAGCCUUGAUGGCAGCGGGAACCUGGUGCUGGGGGCAGCCGGUGCGGCCCCAGGGAGCCCCGGCCUAGUGACCUCGCCUCUCUUCCUGAACCACGCUGGGCUGCCCCUGCUCAGUGCCCCGCCAGGUGUGGGCCUGGUCUCAGCGGCGGCUGCAGCCGUGGCGGCCUCCAUCUCCAGCAAGUCUCCUGGCCUCUCCUCGUCUUCUUCAUCCUCAUCAUCCUCCACUUGCAGUGAAGUGGCAGCACAGACCCCUGGAGGCCCAGGGGGACCUGAGGCAGGGUCCAAGGCCGAGUGAGAGUCCACCAUGCUUCCCUCCUGCUCCUCUGACUCCCCCAACCUUGGUCCCCUGCCCAAGAAGGGGCCAGGAGGCUGGUGGAGGUGCAGUGGAUCAUCAGAGCAGGAGUGAUAGAGGAGGAAAGACCAAAA